AUGAAGCGCUGGAGAUGGAUGGACGUACUUGAUGACGAUGACGACGACGACUCUACGCAGUCCAUCGCUGCAAUAAGGCUGUACCGGGCAAGAGUCUCAAUCAAGGAGAGGCACUACCUGACGUGCGACGCCUUAAUCCCGCCCGACAACAGUCCAUGGAUGAUAAUAUACGCAUCCAUGAAACCAAGUUCUUUUAUCGCUACCGUCUCCAUCCCCCCGGACGCCUUCCACAUCCUUCUGCAAGAGUUCUCCAAGCACUACCAGUGGAAGUCCGGCUUCGGCAAACCUGGUCGCCCGCCCAAACUGAGCUGCAAGCACCAAGCCCUUGCAUUGGUCUUGCACUUUUACACUGCCGCAACCGAGCAAAAGACCCUGUGUGAGAUAUUCGGCAUUCCGCCGUCAACAUUCUCCUCAACCCUCGCCAAGGCAGAAGAAGCGUUGUUUCAUGCUCUGCAGCAUGUGGCGGAUGCUGAGGUGCGGUACCCAAGCAAGUCAGAGCAGCGCAGAUGGGCGCUACAAGUUGCCGCAAGAGAGCCUUUGGUCCACGGCGUCUGGGGCUUUCUAGACGGAAAGAACUAUUCAGUCAAGAGUCCAUCAUGUUCUGACCUACAGAAUGCGAUGUACAACGGUUGGUUGCACAGCACCUUUGUCACUGGAACGUUGCUCUUUGGCGUGGACGGUACUAUUGUGUGGGGUCGUCACAACUUUGCUGGUAGUUGGAACGAUGGCGACACGAGCCUCAAGCUGCAAGUCAAGCUUUUGGAUGAACGCCGUACGGCUGUGGGGACCGGUGUCGUGGCGGACUCUGCCUUUCCCGUUCGCGAUGGUCUGCGUGGCAAGAUAAGGACCCCACUGAAGUGCGGCGACCUCGAGCGCGCAUCCCCAGUAUGUCGGGAAGGGCUCUUGUUGUUGAGCAACGCAAUAACAGCCCUGCGUCAGGCUGCGGAAUGGGGAAUGGGUGCAGUGGAGAAGGUGUAUCGACAGUUGCUGCUGCCACUGCCAUUUGACCCAACCCUGCGACACAAGCGCUUGAGCAACAUGUACAAGUUGUACAAUUUCCGCGUCCGCCGAACUGGUAUUAGUCAGAUCCGAUCAACACUUGGCUAA